UUUGAUACCAAGUUAAUCUUCUUCCUAUUUUUAACUUGCAGUUUUAAAAAAAAAUACUGAGAUUGAGAGAUUAACAACUUGAGCAGUUACACAGGUACUAAACCUGUUUUCCACCAGAGCCCAAGUUGUUAUCAAUCAAGUUAUGCUGAGUUUGAAAAAUUUCAUCAGGAUGUGUAUACAACUAAGAGAACCUGGGGAACACUAACAUUAAAAGGGCAAAAAAAGAAGAAGCCAGUGAGUUUGAGAAGGCACAACCCCUUAAGAAAUGUCCUCCUGUGCAUUCUUCCAGGGCCCCUAGUACAGUGGUACCGGCACUCAAUAAAGAACCACUGGAGUGAGAAGGAACAUUGUGUCAAGGGUGGCCUUUCAUACCCAAUUUCUUCAGCUCCUAAAGAGGGAAGGGAGGGUGGAGGGCAAUUAGCAAAUCCUCCGCAGAAGACACCAAGAAUCCCCCCCCCCCAACGUCUGCCAAGACUGCUGGGAUGGAAGUGCCACAGACUUGCCAACCCGGAUCAGGGUUUACUGCGGAAAUCACUCGAGGUUUGGACGAGAAUCCAACCAGCUAGCGGACAGGGGUCUGCUGGUCUGAGAAGAGCGCGUGCACUGACACGCAGGCACGGGCGCGCCCGUCUGGGAAGGCCGGGAGCGCGCAGUCCCUCGCCCCCCAAUUCAGCCCCAGGGUCCACUUUCCGCCUCACUGCAGCAGCUCCUGCCCCGGCGCGUGUGUUCCCGCGGCUCUUCUCCCCUCCCCGCGGACACGCAGGGSUCCAGGCGCUGGCUUGCCAACGCAGACGCUGCAGGGCCCUCAGCCUCAGGGGCUGUGCGUCACGGGGGCGGGGCCGGAACGCGGCUCGUACCCGCCCCCGCGCGCCCGCAGCCCCGCCCCUUCUGGCCGAAAAGGGGCGGACUCCGUCGGAGGGGUCUGGAGUUCCCCCUCUCUCUGCCCGACUGUCGCUCCUCAGCCAACUCCUCGCCCUUCUGCGGGCCGUCUCCCGUCACCCAAGCGGACGCAGGGAGUCGAGGCCCAGCUUGCGGGGCGCCAUGGAGGGCUGCCGCCUGACGGACGCCGCGGCGGAGAGGCUGGCUGGCUGAGAGGACCCGCGCCGGGCGGAGGCAUGCGGAGCCCAGGCGGGAGUCUGCUUCAGGCGCUCCCCCGGCUCCUGCAGCACGCCGUCCGCCCGGGCCGCGCAGAGCUGCCAUCCGGCUGGGCCCUGGUGCGGGCGGCGGGCGGGGACGACUCGGCGGACCGCCUCCCCCGCGGGGGCGGGGCGAGCGCGGCAGCAGCGGCGGCGGCGGCCUCGGGCGCCCUGCUCGGCGCCUAUCUGGAGCGCCACGGUCAGCCCGCGGCCUCUGAGGUGCCGGCGCCGGGCGGGGCCUUGGCGGGCGGCCCCGGGAGCUGCGGCGGCGGCGGCGGCGGCGGCGUGGUGGUCGGGGUGGCCGAGGUGAGAAACUGGCGCUGCUGCUGCCUCGGCAGCACCUGUUGGUGCCGGAGCCUCGUGCUGGUCUGUGUGCUGGCCGCCCUGUGCUUCGCUUCUCUGGCCCUGGUCCGCCGCUACCUGCAGCAUCUCCUGCUCUGGGUGGAGAGCCUUGACUCGCUGCUGGGGGUCCUGCUCUUCGUGGUGGGCUUCAUCGUGGUCUCAUUUCCCUGCGGUUGGGGCUACAUCGUGCUCAACGUAGCCGCCGGCUACCUGUAUGGCUUCGUACUGGGCAUGGGUCUGAUGGUGGUGGGCGUCCUCAUCGGCACCUUCAUCGCCCAUGUGGUCUGCAAGCGGCUGCUCACCGCCUGGGUGGCCGCCAAGAUCCAGAGUAGCGAGAAGCUGAGCGCAGUUAUUCGCGUCGUGGAGGGAGGAAGCGGCCUGAAGGUGGUGGCGCUGGCCAGAUUGACCCCCAUACCUUUUGGGCUUCAGAAUGCAGUGUUUUCGAUUACUGAUCUCUCAUUACCCAACUAUCUGAUGGCAUCUUCAGUUGGACUGCUUCCUACCCAGCUUCUGAAUUCUUACUUGGGUACCACCCUGCGGACAAUGGAAGAUGUCAUUGCAGAACAGAGUGUUAGUGGAUAUUUUGUUUUUUGUUUACAGAUUAUUAUAAGUAUAGGCCUCAUGUUUUAUGUAGUUCACCGAGCUCAAGUGGAAUUGAAUGCAGCUAUUGUAGCUUGCGAAAUGGAACUGAAAACCUCUCUGGUUAAAGGCAAUCAACCAAAUUCGAGUGGCUCUUCAUUCUACAGCAAGAGGACCCUAACAUUUUCUGGAGGUGGAAUCAAUAUUGUAUGAUUCUAAAGAAAUGUAUGAUUGUCAAGAGCCUAGUGUGCUGUCCAAGGUCUAACAGUCACUUCCCUAGUGGGCAGAGACAAGUUCUAUUUGUAUUACGGCACAAACAAAACUGACUAGUUUUUAAUUGCACAGUUUUUUUUAAAAGCAAAAAUCAUUUUCUGGAUAUGUAAGUGUAAAUGUAGAUGCAAUUUUGGCUGUACCUCUUUAUCAUGCCUGUAAUGGCCUAUAGGUCUGCACUUUAGUGUUUUUUAAUUAUUUUAUUUCUGGGUACUUAUGAACAGAGAAAUAACCCAAAUAUUUUUUCUGCUUAGUGUCUUUAUUUAUAAAGUAUACAUCUUCUUUACUUAUAAAGCUGAGUUAAAGUAUGCAGUCUUAAAUGUGUAAUAUUAUUGGAUGUUCUUUGCUUAGUCUUUCCAGAAGGAAUAAACAGUGUUUUUUUGUUUUGUUUUGUUGUGUUAAGUGGGACCACUUUGUUUCCCUUU